GGUCCAGGUUCCAAUGAUUCAUGUUUGGCUGGUUUAUGAAUAGGUUGACUGUAAGAAUGUAAUUCGACAAGAAAGAAGCUGAGUGGCCGUUUGGUUUAUCUUAAAAUUUAGAAUAAUUCGCUUUUUAUCUAUGACUGUUGUGGAGAAGGAUCCUUCUUCCCCAGCAGAAUCCUACAUACCAUGUAUUUGCUGGGGUGCUCGGACAAGAAAUGAAAUAGAAGCACAACAUCUUGUGGCAGAAGAAUAUGACCGACACAUAGCAUCCCGUAGAAGCAUGGCAGCUGCUUACCUUGAUCCGAACUUGAAUCACACAGCAGGUUCAGGAGCCAAGUCUCGUUUGAGUAUGGAACGAUCUCCUGGUACCAUGGAACGAGUACUGAAGGUCUUCCAUUAUUUUGAGAGCAAUAAUGAGCCCUCGACUUGGGUCAUGAACAUCAGGCAUGGUGAUGCCACUGAUGUCCGGGGUAUUAUUCAGAAGAUUGUAGAUUCUCACAAAGUUAAGAAUGUGGCCUGCUUUGGAAUUCGACUCAGUCAUAUGCAUUCUGAAGAGGUCCACUGGCUGCAUCCAGACAUGGGCGUUUCACAUGUACGUGAAAAAUUUGAGCAGCAUCACCCUGCAGAGGAAUGGAGAUAUGAGUUAAGAAUCAGAUAUCUGCCUAAAGGUUUCCUGAACGAGUUUAAUGAAGACAAGCCAUGUUUAAAUUUCUUUUAUCAACAGGUUAAGAAUGAUUACAUGAUGGACAUAGCAGAUCAAGUGGACCAGGAUAUCGCACUGAAGCUGGGUUGCCUUGAGAUCAGGAGAUUCUAUAGGGAAAUGCGAGGAAAUGCCUUGGAAAAGAAAUCCAAUUAUGAAUUGUUGGAGAAGGAUGUGGGUUUGAAGAGAUUCUUUCCCAAGAGCCUGGUGGAAUCAGUCAAGGCCAAAACACUGAGGAAAUUGAUACAACAAUCUUUUCGACAGUUUGCUAAUUUGAAUGAAGAGCAAAGUGUUCUGAAAUUCUUUGAGAUUCUGUCUCCAGUUUACAGAUUUGACAAGGAGUGCUUCAAGUGUGCCCUUGGGUCAAGCUGGAUAAUUUCAGUGGAGUUAGCAAUUGGACCUGAAGAAGGUAUCAGUUAUCUUACAGACAAAGGCUCUAUGCCAACUCACCUGGCUAAUUUUAACCAGGUACAGACCAUUCAGUAUUCAAACAGUGAUGACAAAGACAGAAAAGGAACUUUGCAGUUAAAAGUAUCUGGAGCAGCAGAGCCCUUGACAAUAACAACUCCAUCACUGAACAUUGCAGAGAACAUGGCAGACUUAAUAGAUGGUUAUUGUCGCCUAGUGAAUGGCAUCAUGCAGUCAUUUAUUAUUAGAUCCCAGAAAGAAGGAGAACGAGCCUUGCCAUCCUUGCCCAAAUUGUCAAACAGUGAAAAACAGGGAUUGAGGACACGGACCGUUUCAGUCUCGGGAAUGAAUCAUUGGCAGCCCAGAGUUAAGAAAGCCAGACGCUUUUUCCCCUUCAUCCUCUGCUCUCAUCAGACAGCCAAGGAUGAAAUUAGUGGGGACGAAACCGAUGACUACGCAGAGAUCAUAGAUGAAGAGGACACAUAUACCAUGCCCUCCAAAAGCUAUGGCAUAGAUGAAGCCAGAGAUUAUGAGAUACAGAGGGAAAGAAUCGAAUUGGGCCGCUGUAUUGGAGAGGGGCAGUUCGGUGAUGUGCAUCAAGGAAUUUACAUGAGUCCUGAAAACCCUGCAAUGGCUGUUGCCAUCAAAACAUGCAAAAACUCCACUUCAGAUAGUGUGCGAGAAAAGUUCUUACAGGAAGCCUUGACAAUGCGACAGUUUGACCAUCCUCAUAUAGUGAAGCUGAUUGGCGUAAUUACGGAAAAUCCGGUCUGGAUAAUUAUGGAACUGUGUACCUUUGGAGAGUUACGGUCGUUUUUACAAGUAAGAAAAUACAACUUGGAUUUGGCCUCCUUAAUUCUGUAUGCUUACCAGCUCAGCACAGCAUUAUCUUACCUGGAGAGUAAGAGAUUUGUACAUCGGGAUAUUGCUGCCAGAAAUGUCUUAGUAUCAUCAUUAGACUGUGUAAAGUUAGGAGACUUUGGUUUAUCGAGAUACAUGGAAGACAGCACUUACUACAAAGCCUCGAAAGGGAAGCUGCCCAUUAAAUGGAUGGCUCCUGAAUCGAUCAACUUCCGCCGGUUUACCUCAGCUAGUGAUGUGUGGAUGUUUGGUGUUUGUAUGUGGGAAAUUCUAAUGUAUGGAGUGAAACCAUUUCAAGGAGUAAAAAAUAAUGAUGUAAUUGGUAGAAUUGAAAAUGGUGAGCGGUUGCCAAUGCCUCCAAAUUGCCCUCCAACACUCUACAGCCUCAUGACCAAAUGCUGGGCAUAUGAUCCUAGCAGAAGACCACGGUUCAAUGAACUGAAACAACAGCUCAGUACAAUAUUGGAAGAAGAGAAAGUGCAACAGGAAGAAAGAGUGAGAAUGGAGCAGAGAAGACAGAUCACAGUUUCCUGGGAUUCGGGAGGAUCAGAUGAAGCCCCUCCAAAGCCAGCCCGUUGGCCAUCUUUGCAACACAGUUUUAGCUUGGACAGUCUGUCAUUACCUGAGUUCUCCCAACGCAGCACCAAGUUUUGUUUAUAUCUAAAACAACCAUCAGAAGUUUAUGGGCAUCCAUUCACUGCUGCUGCGUCUGCUUCUGACAGGCUUCUUCCUGUACCCCCUUCAGCAUAUCGACAGAGUGCUCGUCUGCUUCCCUUUUAUUUUGACAGGCUGAAUGCAAAUCUGCAGCAACAAUUGAUGUCUGGCGAAUGGAGAAGAGCCCAGGAAGAAGCAAUGGUUAGGAUUCACUGUGCAAAGGGAACAAAACAUCAGCACAGCACUGUCAUGUAGCUAAAAAUAGAAAUCAAUGAAGUAAAUAGUGUUUUUAUAGUGAACACUUUUAAACUGUUACAUCUAAAACACAUACUGGAUAAGAUUAAUGCAAUUUAACAAUACCCCUUCCAUUUCAAUAAAGAAUUUAAUUGUAAAGAUGCCAUUUUUUUUUUCUUUUAAAGCCCAAAUGUCACAAGAAUAUAACAAAACAAUUUUCCCUCCUCAUUUUCUACAAAGAAACACUUCAGGUAUGUAAGGUAUCUUCAAAAUUUGUGAACUGAGAUCAAAAGGCCACUAUAUAGGUAUUUUUUAUUCAUUCACGGAUUGUAGGUAUCACUGGCCAGGCCAGCAUUUAUUAUUCAUCCCUAAUUGCCCAGAGGGCAGUUAAGAUAUUGCCAUAUAUCUGUGGGCCUGGAGUCAUACGUAGACCAGAUCAGGUAAGGACAACUCUUCUUCACUAAAGGAUUUCAGUGAGCCAGAUGUUUUGUUUUGAGAAUUAACAAUAGUUUCAUGAUUAUCAUUAGAUAUGAUCCUUAGUUCCUGAUUUUUAUUGAAUUCAAAUUCCAUUAUCUGCACUGGUGGAAUUUGAACCAAAGUCCCCAGGUAGUUAAUUAGGCCUCUGGGUUAAUAGGUUAGUGACUAGGCCAUCAAUAUCCUGAGGUGCACAUUCAUCUGUUACCACUCUAUACAGUCAGCGCAUAUUUUUUGUUUUACUAUUUAUGUUUUUGACUUUACAGACAUGAAAGUUAACAGUAAGAGGUGGCCAGCUUGCCCCUCGAUCCUGCUCUACCACUCAAUAAGAUCAUAGCUGAUCUGAUCAGCCCUUUCUUGCCUGUCCUCCUUAACCUUUCACUCCUUUACUUCUCAAGAUAUAUAAUGACAAGAUGUUCUCCAAGCAAUAAAUAUGUUAUGAAUACUUUGGGAAUGAUUGGGUGAUGCAGUGAGUUUGACAAUGGCUUUGCACUUCUGAGAUUUGGAUUUAAAUCCAGACACGAUUAACAGGAGUGUGUCCUCUUUGUCUGAACACUAAGUUCUCUAUAGACAUAAAUUUUGUAAGUUUGAUCAGUUUUUUGGCAGCAGUAGCCAGCUAACUCCCUAUUUGGCAUGAAAUUGGCAAAUCACAAAAUACCUAAUGUGGGAUUUAGUAAUGAGCCAUACUGUUUCAAACUAGGGAUGAGGCACACAAUUUUGGAGCAGUAACAAUAAGUAAAGUCACCGUUGUCCCAGAGAGACAGCUGGUGUGAGUUUAACCUGAGAUCCACACCUCAGCCAUGGGGAAAGGUUGAGAAGGUAAGACCUUCAUGGUGACCUCAGCCAAUAGAGGAAUUGAACCCAUGCUGUUUGUGUCACUCUGCAUCACAAACCUGCCAUCCAAUCAACAAAGUUAAACCAGCCCCCAACUAAUAGCACUAUUGCAGUGCCUUCAUCUCGUGAACUGCAGUGUCUCAGUGUCACCUCCUUACAACCAAUUAGGAAUGGGUAAUAAAUACUGACCUUGUUAUAUUCUAUGAAUGAAUUAAGAAAACUGAAAAUACUUGACGAUUAAAUGUGGUGCUCAAAAACUGGAGCGCUCCAAAUGAAUAACACUUAAAUCCUACGUUUUGAGUACAAAAUUCUUGCAUACUUUAAUUGGUACAAAUUUUCUUUGGAGAAAAUUCUUAAACCCACUUCUCAACACAUCAUUUUUCUGUUCUGAUGAUGCAGAAAAAUAUUCAGCAAUGACAACAUUUUUUAACAAAACUUUUGAAAGCUACCAUUUUGUUUACUUGCUGCCCAUGCAGUUAUUAUUUAUUCCUGGAUGCAGUGAAUGAACUGUGUGUUCAGUCUAACCCAGCAUGUCUGUUAUAGCUUUCCUCCUCACAAAGUAUCUGUUCUAAGAUUGAAUACUUGUCCUUUCUUUUAAUUGCUUGUCUUUUUGUGCUUCCAUAUAUCUUUAAAUCGCUCCUUCCUGUUCUCUGAUCAAUAAAGCUGAUGGCAAUAGUUUUUACGUGAAAUGGUAUUGUCAAAUGUUCAGCUGAUAAUUUUUUCCUCUACUAACAAAGUUAUUUCUAUAUCAUGAUGUAUGGUGUAUAUAAACAAUAUGAUGGGAGUUCCUCGAUCUGUGAUUCGUACCUGGCAACAGCUUAUUGUAGCGGCAAAUGUUUUAUAUGGCACUUAUAGAAAUGAAUGAGAGAUCUGAAGACAUCUGGUUGGCUUGAUUUGAAUGUGGCCUGUAACCUACACUGUAACUUUCCUACAGCCAUGACAUACUCUUUGUUCAAGCCACAUGAAUGAAAAGAACUGACCAUUAUUUAACUCUUUUCUUUGUUUUAUAAGUCUGAAGACUUGAUUGUGUUAUGUAGUUUGAGUUGUUACUUUGAAUUUUGUUAUGCUGAUUUGCCUGCUAGAUCCAUAAAUAUUCCUGGAUCUUGUCAGAGGAAAUCCAAUUGAGUUUUCAGCGCACACAUAUUGUUUUUAAAGUGAAAGUUGCUUUGUGCGCUGACAUAGUUGGAGCAGAAAAAUAUAAGCCAUUGUAUAAUUUUAAUGCAACUAAUGUAGAAUGUUUAUUACUACAUUAAAAUCUUAAAUCCACGCAGACAUUUUCUUUUAUUUUGCACCAUUAUAAAUCGGUGUGUCUACAUUUAUAGUUGAAAGUAGCCAAGUAAAUGUUACGUAUUGUGUUGGAGUUCUGCCAUUGAAGAUGUUGAUGUAAUCACUAUCUAACUUGUACACAUAGGCAUUAAAAUAUUCAAAGAGGCAGAGAAUGCAUUACUUAAUGCCGAACUAAACUCCCAAAUUGGGCUGUGGCCCAGUUAUCCCGCUUUGUGCAAACCCGUUAACCUGAAAACUGCCUUUAAUCUUGGAGCAAAAAUUUAACUUCAGCAGGAUCACAAGUGAGUGGAAAUUAAUAGGCUACCCAUUCUACAACCUGCCUGAUUCUGCCCCCUAAUCACUCUGUUACCAUAGAAGACAAAUUUGAUAAUUAUGGCUUGAAGAUUUGAAGUAUUUCAUGAAUCUUUGAUGUCAUCAUGGCUUUGAUUCACAGUGCUCAGUUCUCCUGUGAUAUACAGUAAAUCCACGUGAUAGAAUGACACAUAAAUUCAGGUUAGCUGAUUAUUCAAGAUAACAAAGUGUGGAGCUGGAUGAACACAGCAGGCUAAGCAGCAUCUUAGGAACACAAAAGCUGGCAUUUCGGGCCUAGACCCUUCAUCAGAAAAGGGGGAUGGGGAGAGGGUUCUGAAAUGAGUAGGGAGAGAGGGGGAAGCGGACCGAAAAUGGAUAGACAAGAAGAUAGUUGGAGAAGAGAGUAUAGGUAGGGAGGGGAUAGGUCAGUAUGAGGAGGACGGACAGGUCAAGGGGGCGGGAUGAGGUUAAUAGGUAGGAAAUGGAGGUGUGGCUUGAGGUGGGAGGAGGGGAUAGGUGAGAAGAAGAACAGGUUAGGGAGGCGGAGACGAACUGGGCUGGUUUUGGGAUGCAGUGGGGGGAGGGGAGAUUUUGAGGCUUGAUUGAUACCAUUGGGCUGCAGGGUUCCCAAGCGGAAAAUGAGUUGCUGUUCCUGCAACCUUCGGGUGGCAUCAGUAUGGCACUGCAGGUGGCCCAGGAUGGACAUGAUUAUUCAAGCUUGUCUUACGUCUGCGACUGUUUCAUGUCAAACUAAACAAAGAAACAACCUACCAGAAAAAUGCACUCAAACACAAGCAAUACAUUUUGUAUUUAGGACUAAGAUGACUGGAGUAAAUUACCUAGUGUUUGUUGUCAGCUUUUAUUGAUUUAAUUGCCGUCACUUGCUGUAGGAUCAUGCUUUGAACAAAUUGGCCGGUGCAGUUCAUUACAAUAAUAGCAGAGUUAACUACAAUAAUAGCAGUGAGAAUUUAUAAGGUGCUACAAAUGUGAAUUCCUUCCUCUCUCCUCUCCCUCCCUCUCUGUAUGGGUUGUGUUGGCAAGGUCAGAUAUCACACAACACCAGAAAGUAGUCCAGCAGUUUAUUUGAAAACACAAGCUUUCCGACCCUCAUUCCUUCUUCAGGUGAUAAUGAGAGAGGUGGCAUCAGGCACAGUAUUUAUAAGUAAAAGAUCAAAGGGCCACACAACCAAUGAGAAUGUAUUAAACAAACCUCAGAUGCUGUUAAACCUUUAAUAGUUAGAAUGUUUUAAUUGAUAUAUAUACAUCUAAAUCCCCAAAUUCCUUUCAACUCACUGUUCUGUAGACAACUGAAGGUUUUAUCAUUGUAAAGAAGUGACAUUUUUGGCCGGAGAGUGCAUGUUCGGUUUGAGACCUUGCUUAGAAUGUGUUUGUGUCUUGGUUUGGAGUCAAACUAGUUUUAUUCAAAAGUAGGAACUUAUGAAAUGUUGCCUUGACUCUAUAAAUUGUGUGCUCUUUGAACAAAAUAGAACGUAUCUGCAAAUACAAAUUAACCCCAUAGAUUGUGUGUGUGUGUGUGUGUGUGAGAGAGAGAGAGAGAGAGACAGACAGACAGUCUGUUGUCACGGUGUUACCAAAUCUCUGAUUUCACCAGUUAAGACUUUACUGGGUGUGUAGCUAUAUUGUUUUAAAUGAGCACAGUUUCUACCUAAAACUUCGUAAAACCAGGCUGUCAACUUCCAUUUCUGCCAAAUUCCCCUUUACCCUCACGACUGAAUUCAUCUCCCUCCUGCCCCCUGCUGCAGAAAUGACUAUUCAGAAUCUCAGUGUUCUUUGAUUAUGAACAACGUCACUGACUGUAUGCCUGCUGCUAUCUCCUCCACCUGCGUAUGUUACCUGCUGCUUUGCUCCCUGCUGGCAUUCCCAUUCGAGAUUUUCUCAAUCACACACCAAAUUAUUCAAAAGCUUUCCAGGCUCACACUCAUUCUCCACCCUUUCUAAAUCUAUGCUGCCCAUAUUCCAACCCACACCAAGUUUUCAACACUUAUCACUCUGUCUUCCAUCAGCCCAUAACCUCUUUCUCCAUCUUCCUAAAGCUCUGUGUUGCUCUGACUCUGCUUUCUUGUCCAUCCUUCCUUUCUUUGUCCUCACCAAUAACACCCAUGCUAGUACUGGCCUUGGCCCAAUAGCAUGCUGUCCACCUCUCUUUCUGUAAAACCCACAUUUUUGACCAACUGUUUGAGCAAUUCUCCUUGUCUCUUAGUAUGUGGCUUGCCUUUGAAGUUUGUUUUUCGUGUCUCACUCAAGGGGCUUGGGGCAGCUGAUACAUUAAAGGUGUACAUUGUUGUGUCAUCAAAUAAACAUCCAAAAAAAUUAUGGUUAAGAUUAUUUAAUGGCACUGCCAUUAAAUGAACACAUGGCUAGGUGAGAUUCGUUUGAAAGAAAUCUAACCGGCAGAUAUGUUUCAGCAUUACACAUUAUCGUUAAAAUGUAGGUUUCUUUUUAGUCUAUCUCAGUAGUCAAUGAUAUUUCAGCAUGUUGAAAGAAACCAUUCAAUACCUCGCAUGAUGAAACUUUAAAACACAUACAUUUAAAAUGUAUGUUUGUUUUAACAAAAUUACUAUAAAUAGACAGUGAUCUUUUCUUAUUAUCCUCUGUAUGCUUCUGCAGAUAAACAAGCUAAAGACAGCACAGUUGAAAGGUGAUCUUUUUUGACCUUCAUCAUUGGUCUUUAGUUUGAGUAAGCGAUUACUGCAGUUAAUGGGUAAAUUUGCCUCCAGCUACACUGGAUAAUUGUGAUGGAUGGUGUCUGUUUUUCUACAAGUCAGUUCUCCACUUUAUUUCCACUGCAUCUGAUGAAAAUUUGACUUUGGCUAAUCGUCAAAUUUUCUCAUAGGUUGUAGGAAGAUUACCUACAGAAAUUAACCUUAAACUUUAAGGCCAAUGUGGAAUCUUCCAGCCAACUGUCUGAAAUGACUAAUUUUCUUUCAUACGUAGUGCACAUAUCAUGUAUCUGACCUCUUCCUUUACCUGUACUGUGCAAAUAUUUGGGCCUUUGUAUUCAGCUGUAAUAGCAGAUAUAAUUUACAGUGUAUUUCUUUCCUUUGUUUCUC